AUGGCUGAGUACCCGGAGAUGGAGGGCCGGACCGCAGAGGAGCGCCAGUGGUUCGCCGACCUGCGGAGCAUCUGGGACGAUAUCGGAGACCAGCUCACCCACGGAGACAAAGCCAUGUGGUUCAGCCUCCUCGAGAAGAUUACCGCCAACAAAGAAAAACUGCCAAGCAAGCACCUCGUCGGCGGCCGGGCCAAGAGGGACGUCAACUGGUUCUCGUGGCUGUUCCUGCGGACCAUGUUCGGCUACGACCAGGUGCAUCACUUGAAGGCCGCGGAGAUGGCCCGGAGAGCUCAUCCCCGUACCCGCCUCGAGUUCGACAUGCUGCCGCAUGGAUACGUCCGCCGCUUCAACCACGCCGACAAGCAGACUGCCAGAGUGCAGGCGAGUCCUGCGCGUCGAUCUCGCCAUGUGGAACCCGAGGAUGAAAUCACCGUUGCGGUGUCGUCUCCCGAGACGGCACCGCCGACAAGACCAAUGCAGUACAAUGACACCACCGCGGCCCCUUUCCAGUCUAUGCCUACACCGGAUACCCCCGGCCCACUACCAACUGCGCAACAGCCGCGAGCCCGCAUCAGCGUCGUGUUCAACGGCUCCGAAGUUCACGUAGAUGAAUCGCUGACGGAUGUCAACUUGAUGGCUCUGAUGCAGCGCGUUGAGAAGAAACUGGACAACCAGCACCAGGAGACAUUGAGCGAGAUGAGGCGCAUAGAGAGCAAGGCGGACCAGCAGUACCAAGAGGUCCUGCGCCUACUGGGCUUGAUUCAGAGCGAGCAGCUGCGAGCGGGGGAGGACAAUGGUGUACAGUUGGGACGGAUUUACGACGCGGUGAGGGGACUGGCAGUCUGCUUGGAGGGGUGCGGAACGGUGAACAAUGAUGCGUGA